GCGCACUUCAGCCCCCGCGCCGCUCCCGCCUCUUCCCGUCUCUGUCGGCACCGCUGUGACUACCGGCCGGCUCACGCCGCCGGCCCGUCCCCUCCCCCGGCCCCGGUUCCGGCCCCGGCUCCGGCCCGCCCGUCGCGAGGACCAUGAAUGGAUUCUCCUUGUGCACGGGGAAUGUACCUACCGGCUCUGUUGUAUUCUCCCAAAAGCUGAGUCCAGUGCUCUGCUCAUGCUCUUUUAUUCCUUCUUCAAGUCUCUGGUGGGGAAGGAUGUGGUCGUGGAGCUCAAGAAUGACCUGAGCAUCUGCGGGACCCUGCAUUCCGUGGACCAGUAUCUCAACAUCAAGCUGACGGACAUCAGCGUUACAGACCCAGAGAAGUACCCCCACAUGUUGUCCGUCAAGAACUGCUUCAUCCGAGGGUCGGUGGUCCGCUACGUCCAGCUGCCGGCCGACGAGGUGGACACGCAGCUCCUCCAGGAUGCCGCCCGCAAGGAGGCCCUGCAACAGAAGCAGUGACCGGUGUCCCCAUCCACCUCUCCCCAUCUGCCCCCUCCCGCCCCGCCACCCCCCAGGGCUAUGGUCCCUGGCAGGAGCUCAGGGGCUGGCGGGGCGUAUUUUCAUUUUGCAGGGUUUGGGUUUAUUUUGGUAAUUUAGCGGGGGAGAGGGGAAUGGGAGGAUAUAGGGGAGAAGCGAUUCCCCCAUGAAACGCCAUAUCUCAUCCUCCAAUUUCCUCCUAGUCCCCGCCACCCCGGGCCAGAGGGGCCUCUGGGGGCCUGUCCCGUAUCGGGAAUAAAGUUUUGGGUUGAAGCGUGA